UCGUGACUUCCUCAAACCUCUGACAAACACCUCUCGAGUCUGAUGUGAAUUACAUUUUUGAAGAGUGGUGUCUUCAUUCGCCAUCCGCACCUGUCCCUCAUGCUGCUGAGGCUCUUGCUGCUGAUCUGUGCUCUGCACUGUGAACCUGCUGAGCCACUUCCACGUCCUGUACUAAGAGCCAGCCCCUCCAAGCCCAUAGAGGGGAACCCGAUGAGGCUGACCUGUGAGAUGCAGCUCCUUCCACAGAAGCCACAUGUCUGGAAGCCACAGUUCUACUUCUACAGAGAUGAACAGAUGCUGGGGUCAGGCCCCAGGACCUCUCCAGAGCUCUGGAUCCCAGCUGUGUGGAGCAAAGACUCAGGAUUCUAUUGGUGCCAGGCAAAGACACUGACUCACGGGGUCACAAGAACGAGCCUGAGGUCUCAGAUACAUGUGCAGAGAGUCCCUGUCUCUGAUGUGAGCUUGGAGACCCAACCCCCAGGAAGAUGGGCCAUGGAGGGAGACAAGCUGGUUCUAAUCUGCUCAGUUGCUAGUGGCACUGGAGACAUCACCUUCUUCUGGUACAGAGGUGCUCUGGGUUUAAAACUGGCAGCAAAGACCCAGCGUUCACUGGUAGCGGAACAUGAGAUUGCUUCGGUUCAGCAGAGAGAUGCUGAGCAAUACUACUGUGCAGCGGACAACGGCCAUGGCCCCAGCCUCAGUGGGUUGAUCAGCAUCACUGUCAGAAGUCCAGUAUCCAACCCUGUCCUUACCGUUAAGGCCUCCAGAGCCCAGCCUGUGGUGGGGGAUGUGGUGGAGCUUCACUGUGAGGCCCUGCGAGGCUCUCCCCCGAUCCUGUACCAGCUUUAUCAUGAGGAUGUCAUCCUGAGGAACAGCUCGGCCCCCUCUGGAGGAGGAGUGUCUUUCAACCUCUCCCUGACUGUAGAACAUUCUGGAAACUACUCCUGUGACGCUGACAAUGGCCGGCAUGCCCAGCGCAGUGAGGUUGUAACACUCGAUGUCACAGUGCCUGAUGGGAACGGAAGCGAUCAUCUUACUUCAGGCAUCAUAGAAGGGCUGCUUGGUAGCUUUGGUCUCGUCAUUGCUAUGGCCCUGAUAUUUGGCUGCUGGCUCAAGAGAAAAAUAGGAAGACAUUCAGCUGCGGAUCCACUGAGGAGCCCUGACAUCCCUGUACUUCAACAAUCUAAUUACCUCAACUCACCUGAUUCAGUGCAGACACAGACUUUUUAUGAAAAUGUGAAUGUUGUAAGUGGGGAUAACAGGGAUAAGGUUUAUUCACUGGUGUACCACACCCAGCAGGAGCGAGAACCAGUAGUAGUUGAACGCACUGGGACACAUGUGGAGAAUAAGGUCAUCCCAGACAUCUAUUCCAGACUGAGAAAGGCACAUAUCACAGAUGUGGACUAUGAAGAUGCUAUGUAAACUUAUGGAAGAUUUUACUCUUUGAAAACCAUCCAUGAUCUCAAACCUCAGACCCAACAUGAUCUUCAGAGAUCCUGGGAGUCUGCUUUAUAGUACCCUUCACCCAGGUGCUUUUCUCCAUGAGAUGAUUCCUUCAUCUACUGUGAAAGGCAACAAGGUCCAAAGAGACCACCUUGAGGAAUCAACUUAGACCAACUUAGGCCAAAGGGUGGGAAGGACUUUGCUGCCAGAGCCUGAUUCCUGCUUGUUCUUUUGGGAAUAGGUUGAAUAUAUUCACUUACUUCUUUUCACAAAAGGAAACAGUAGGAUAAAAUAACUGAAAGUCUUGGAGUGGAGGGACAGUGAGGUUCAGAGUGCACAAACCCAGGUGGAUAGUGAUUUUGCAAGAUUACCCUGGAGAGAAAGGUAUGUCUGUCACAUGUAGAAGUGUUUUCUGUGCACACAGGACAGAACCCCUGCCCUGCCCCUUACCUGAAUCAUGCUGUUUUUCCCUAAGAAAUCUGACUUAGUUUAUUUUGAGUUGCUACUACACAAUUAGAAUGAAAACGCAGUUAGAAAGAUGAGUUGCUGUGAUUACACUGUGUUAAUGGUCAAUUUUGUCUGCACAGACCAAUCUAAAGACUCCCACAUUUCUGAGAAUCUUUGUUAAGUUUCACUACAUCUUAAAUUCUGUAUAUAGUUGCAGCCUCUAGAAGCUUCAGGAAUAUAAUAUUUUUUCUUUUAUUCUCAGAUUUUUUGAACAUGUGGUAAUAUGAUUUACAGUCUGUAUUCUAAUUUUAAAUUAAGUACAAUCUCAGUCUUGUUAAUUGAAACAAUUUAGUGAUAUAUGAAGGAAAAAGUUAAAGUUUUGCUACAAACUCAUACAAGUGGUAAUCAUUGUUACAACUUAGCAUGUCUCACCCUGGAAUUUUUCUAUUUUUGUACAGUUAUUUGCAAAUAUAUAUAUUUAAUAAAGUAAAAUAUUUUAAAAUCUACAUAUACAUCUAUCAUACUAUUUUAAAAGUCUGCAUAGCAAUCCAUUGUAUGGAUAAACCAUACAUUUUAUUGUGGAAAAAAAAAUAUAUAUACACACACACAAUAUAAAAUUGAUACUUUCAACAAUUUUUAGGUGUACAGUCCAGUGACAUUAAUUGUUCAGCAUAUUAUAUUUUAACCCUUUUGUCAUUGAUGGACAUUAAAAUUGUUUCUAGAAAAUGUAUAUUAGCAAAAAAUAUGCUCAAGUAAAUGUCUUUAUACAAGCAUAUUUAUGCACUCCUGCUAGAUUAUCUGAAGGAUAUAUCUGUAAGUCUGGGAUUAAUACAUUGUAACUUAUGCAUAUUAAAUAUUUUUGUCAGACAUUCUUAAAUUUCUCCCAGAUAAGGCUAUACAUUCAUAAACAAUAAAUGAGGGGAUUUGUGCAGAAAAGGUAUAAUUUUAAAAAAUUAUUGAUACAGUUAAGCAUCUAUCUAUACACUUAUUAUUGUUAGUAAUUUUUCUAAACUCUUGUGUUUAGUGUCUGUUAAUUUCCUAGGUGUUUGUUUUUCUCAUACAGGGGUUAUAGGAACUAAAUAUAGAGGCAUAAUUCACAUACACUGAAAUCCACAGGAUGUGUGUUCCCAUUCUAAUAGAUGCAUGCUUCUGAGAAAUGGAAAUCUCUCUCAUAUGGGAUGUUUUCAUCAGUUCAGAAAAUUUCUUCAUACCCACUCCCUGGAGUCUGCCCAUCUCAAAAUAAUUACUGAAUAAUAUGUCUCAUAGCAAUUUCUCCAUUGUGUAUGAUGCAAAUAUUUUCACCUAGUCUUUCACUUCAGUUUUUGUUGAUAAUGAAUUUUAAAAUGUGGAAGAUUAUUUUUUUGUGCUGCUAAACACAACUUUUUCCAUCUUGACAUCUGACUUUCUUUCUGAUAUCUUCUCUCAGACCAUAUUCUCUUAUACUUUUUAUAAUAUUUCAUUUUUCUUCUAUUCAUGGACUAUUUCUAUAUAAAUGUUUGGUGUGAGGUAAGUUUCGAACUUUUACUGUCUUUUCUCUUAUAUAUAUUCUUUGGUAGGGGUCAAACUUUAUUGUUUUCAAGUAGACCUAAAUUUCCCACCAUUAUUUUUUAAUAGUCUGUUCUUUCCUCUUUCAUUUUCAUACUGCUUUCUCUUACCCCAAUUAAACAUAAAUUUGGAGUUUGAAUCUUUAAUACUACAGUCUGUCCUGCUGUACAUCUUUUUGCAUAAAGUACUUCAACCACAUUAGCUUCAGUGGUUUCCCAAGCACAUCACAUAUAGUCCCAGUUCUGGAGCUCUGUACUUUCUACCUUCUAUCCUUGCUUUCUUUUUUUUCCCCUCAGUUGCAUUUUCUGCAUUAUUUUAUUCUCUGGUCUGUGAAUAUUUUUUGUCUUUUUAAAAUAACAAACAUGCCUUUUAUAUUUUGUCUGCCACAUCUAUGAAUUGGGAGCUCAGGGUGGGGAUAGAAAAGCUCAAAGGAUGAACUUGGAAUACUGUGCGACCAGUAGCUUGAACUUCUUUGUAUAACCAUCUCUUCACUUUAGUACUUACGCUACAUUUAUCCAUGGCUUCUUAUAUUUUUAUUCACUUUUUUUUCUUUAUGAAAUUGAACCUUCUAGUACUAUUUGAUAAGUAUAUGACUGUAUUGGUCUAAAAGUUCAAAAGUAAAAUUGAAGGUUGACACUUUAGUUUUGUGACCAACAGUUUUUAAUAUUUUAUUACAUAGUUGUCAUAUUUUAUUCUAUUGUUGCUGUUGAGAUAUCUUUGAGUAUAAUUGUUGUUCUUAUGUACUGUGGUUUUUUUUCCUGAUUUCUUUCAACACUUUCUUGUUCUACUCUAAAAUUUUGCUAUGAUAUAUAUAAAAAUGUGAAGUUAUUUUGUUUUUUGAGAUUAAUAACUAUUCAAGGAUUCAUGUUCUUCUUCAAGGUUAAAAGAUAUUUAUUAUCUCUUGAUUGUCAGUCUGACUUAAUGCUGUUUUAAGUAUCUUCUUCAGAAAUUAAUAUUAGAAGUUUACUAGACCUUCUUAUUAUAGUUCCUUAACUCUUACUUCAUCUUUCAAAAGUUUCAAUUCUUUAUCACCCUUUUUGCAUUCUAUAAGUUUUUUUUGCCUCUCUCUUCCAGUCAACUCUCUUCAGCUGUAUCUAUUUUAUUGUUUAACCUAUCGCUUUUCUAUUUCAAUGAUUACAUUUUUUCUUGUGAGCCACUGUAUUAGAAAAAUAACUAAAAGCAUGCUUUCUAAAGGAUGGUUUGAAUUUACAUUUUGGCACCAUUAUUUACUAGCCUUGGGGUUUCAGUCAAAUUAAUAAACUUUUGUGUUUGAGUUUUAACUGGAACACAAUUAGACUUAAAUAUAGUGUUGUUUUGAAAAUGAAAUAAAUUUUUUGGUGUGCAAUGCUUACAA